CUUUAAAUAUUCCGUGUGCAAAGUGGAAAAUUAUUUCACAAUUUAAACAGUGCAUUUCCGCAUGAUGGAGAAGUUGGUGAACUUUUCUGCUGCCAGAGACAAUCUUGCAAAUUUAAUUUCAUUGAAAUGGAGUGAAGCUGAGAGUAAAGAAAAUCUGUUCAAGUAUAAAUUGAAUGUGACGAAGAGUAAAGUAUUGCCGGGGUAUUUUGGCUUCUACGUUGAGUUAAAUCCGCAACGAACUCAGUUGCGGAGAAAACCGCAAUUUAUAGGCUCAAUCACGCCGAAAUUCAAUCCGGAGGCAUUUAAUUUCAACAAAGUGAAUCCAGAUGAAGUGUUGUUUGUCCUGCAGUACAAGGAGAGUCUGGUGUCUUUUCUGAUUAACAACAGUCCUUUGACGCGCAAUCAUUGCCUAGUAUGUCCGGAUUUGGCGGAGAAUCGGCCUCAGAUGCUCACGGAGAAAAGCAUUGAGUUGUCGCUUGAUCUGCUGGAUGCAUUGGGAGGCAGAUUCUACAGAAUUGGCUACAAUUCUCCGGGCGCACUGGCGUCUGUGAAUCACCUGCACUUGCACGUGAUGCUGAUCGAGAGGGAGUUGUACGUGGAAAGGGCGCCUCUGCGUGAACUCGGAAAGUCUAUUUACACACUGGAAGAUAAAUAUCCCACCUGUGGACUCUGUCUCAUUGUCAGGCACGCCGAUUGUGCCCAACAAGUGUCAGCAAGGGUCUUUCGUCUCGUCAGUUUUCUCUGUGAAAGAAAUAUUCCGCACAACAUCUUCAUCACAAGUGGCGCAAUUGGCGACGAGGCGUGCAAGAGGAUUUUAAUAUUUCCCAGGGACAAUAGAUAUUUGCUGAAAGAUAAGGAAUUAAGUGGCUUGAAUGUUGCCUUCUGUGAAUUGUGCUCCUACGUUCCGGUCGGAAGUGAGGAGAUAUACAAUGGCCUGACCGAAGAUGCCAUCGUAGGAAAAAUUGAAGAGGAAAUGGGAAACAUUUUCUAUACCAUUAAGGAUGAAAUUGUGGACAUGUUUCAAUAAUAAAAUAUAUAUAUGGUCA